AUGGCAUCCCUCCACAGAUUAGCUGGCCGUGCGGCCAAGCGGUUGUGCCUGCGACAGGCGACCAUGCCGACGACGAGCCUCGCCAUCCGUUCCUUCUCCACCACCGGCCUCCGCAAGUACGCCACCCCCGUGUCUGCCGGCACGAGGCUUAUCCCCGUCGACGAGAACUUUGCGAAUCCGAACGAGGCACAAGCUCUGUCUGGCGACUCCACCAAGUCGCUCGAGAACUCGGUCGACAACCGAAAGGUCAGGCAUUAUACUGUCAACUUCGGCCCCCAGCACCCCGCCGCUCACGGUGUGCUUCGUCUCAUUCUUGAGCUCAACGGCGAGGAAAUCAUCCGUGCCGACCCCCACGUCGGCCUGCUGCAUCGAGGCACCGAGAAGUUGAUCGAGUACAAGACCUAUCUCCAGGCUCUGCCGUACUUUGACCGUCUCGACUACGUCUCCAUGAUGACCAACGAGCAGUGCUUCUCCCUCGCCGUCGAGAAGUUGCUCAACAUUGAGAUUCCCGACCGCGCCAAGUACAUCCGAACCCUCUUUGGAGAGAUCACCCGAAUCCUGAACCAUCUCAUGUCCGUCCUUUCACACGCCAUGGAUGUUGGUGCCUUGACCCCUUUCUUGUGGGGGUUCGAGGAGCGAGAGAAGCUCAUGGAGUUCUACGAGCGCGUCUCCGGUGCCCGACUUCACGCCGCCUAUGUCCGCCCCGGUGGCGUCCACCAGGAUAUUCCCGUCGGCCUUCUCGACGACAUCUACCAGUGGGCCACUCAGUUUGGCGACCGCAUCGACGAAACGGAGGAAAUGUUGACCGACAACCGCAUUUGGAUUGAUCGGCUGAGAGGUGUCGGUGUCGUCUCGGCUGCGGAGGCGCUUAACCUGUCCUUCACCGGUGUCAUGCUCCGCGGCUCUGGCGUUCCAUGGGACAUCCGAAAGAGUCAGCCGUACGACGCCUACGACAAGGUCGAGUUCGAUGUCCCCGUCGGAACCAACGGUGACUGCUACGACCGAUAUCUGUGCCGCAUGGAGGAGUUCCGACAGUCCCUGCGUAUCAUUCACCAAUGCCUCAACGACAUGCCCGCCGGUCCCGUCCGAGUGGAAGACUACAAGAUCUCGCCUCCGCCCCGGACCGCCAUGAAGGAGAACAUGGAGGCUCUCAUCCACCACUUCCUGCUCUACACCAAGGGCUACGCGGUCCCUCCUGGCGAAACCUACUCCGUCAUCGAGGCACCCAAGGGAGAGAUGGGUGUUUACGUUGUCAGCGACGGUAGCGAGCGCCCGUACCGGUGCCACAUCCGUGCCCCGGGCUUUGCUCACCUGGGUGGUUUCGACCACGUCUGCAAGGGCCACUUGCUGGCCGACGCCGUCGCCGUUAUUGGCACCAUGGAUCUAGUGUUUGGUGAGGUCGAUCGGUAA